AAUCAACCUUCCCUGUUUAUUGAAAUACUUAAUUUGUCAAUUGCUUCUUAGGGUGAAUAUAAAUCUUUCUUCUUCUUAAGUAGUUGGUGAAUCAUUAAUCAUCUACUUGACUAUUUAAGCGUAAUCAAACCAUUAACGAUAACAAUACCAAUAACGAUAACAAUAACGAUAUCAAUAACAAAAUAUUAGGAUUGUUUGUCACAUGAUAGAGUCGACUCACAUUUGCAUAGUGAUACACAAGUGUCAAGUAGCAAAUAGUGAAGUGUGGUAGCAAAUUGUAUACUCGUCAGUCUCAUCAGUGUUUGUUAUCCUCACCACAAAAAAAUAUACCGUGUAUCAUUAGCGGAUAGCAGCAACAGUACUAUACUAAGUUUAUUAAGAUUAAGUCGUACACUAAGUACUUCAAUUACCCUUUGGUAUGUCGCAACUGGUCCAUCUUUCGCCCUGGAUAAAUUCAGUAUGCUUCUAUUCAUCGGUACUAUCAACAUGUAUCAUCCUAGUAAGUAUCUUACUCCAUCUCCGCAAUUAUCGUAAACCAUUACAGCAACGAUUAAUGAUUCGAAUUCAGGUAAUUGUACCAUUAUUUGCUGUAUCAUGUUAUUCGAUGUUGGUUAAUCAAACUUCGAUUGUCAUAAAGUAUUUCGUUGAACCAAUACGAGAAGUUUAUGAAGCUUUCGUCAUAUAUACAUUCUUUUCAUUACUUACUGAUAUGUUGAAUGGAGAACGUCAUAUAAUUAUUAUGACAAGUGGUCGACAGCCAGUAGAACAUCCAGGAAUAAUGAAGUAUUUCUUUCCUCCUAUGGAUAUUUCUGAUCCCUAUACGUUUUUAGGUGUUAAACGUGGAAUUCUUCAAUAUGUUUGGCUUAAACCCAUCAUGUGCUUUUUAAUUUUAGUGACAGAAUUAAUUGGCUGGUAUGAUAUUAAUGAUAUGAGUUAUAAAUCGGUUUAUUUAUGGCUUACUAUCAUCUAUAAUCUUAGUGUAUCCACUUCAUUAUACUGUUUGGCCAUGUUCUGGAAAGUAUUAUGGACAGAUUUAAAACCAUUCAAUCCUGUUGGUAAAUUUCUCUGUGUCAAAUUGAUUAUUUUUGCUAGUUACUGGCAAGGAGUAAUUAUUGCUAUAUUAAAUGCAUUUGACUUGUUACCUGGUAAUGAAGAUGAUACUAUUGUGAAUGGCAGUAUUGGUGUUUGUAUUCAGAGUGCUUUGCUCUGUGUAGAAUUAAUUGGAUUUUCUAUUGGCCAUUGGUACUCAUUUUCUUAUCAUCCAUUUUCGAUAUCUCAAUUACCUUAUGGUCGAGUCAAAUUUAAAUAUGCCCUUAAAGAUAUGAUAGGAGUAAGAGAUUUAUGGCAUGAUUUCCAAUUAACCUUUUAUGGUGAUUAUUAUAAAGAUUAUAAGUCAUUUGAUUCAGUAGAAGCAUUAAUUGCUCAUCCUGAUUCUAAAGGUAGAAUGAGCAGAAUUAAUCAAGGUUUGAGAUAUCACUUUGAUGGUAAACAAAAGCAUUGGUUACCUAAUUCAGUAACUCCUGUCCUCCCUAAUCAUAUAAAAAGUACAUCUGAAAUUAAUGCUGUAACGGGUUCAUCUGAAUAUGCUGCUUCAGUAAAUUCAACAGGUACUUCAAUGAGAGCCAUGUAUCCAUCAUCCCCCAAGAGUUCACAUAUUUCUCCUCCAGAUUCUCCACCAUUAAUGCCUCUUAAUGCUUCUGGGAUCACUAUUAGUGAACUCUUAAAUACUGAUGAAUAUAACUACGAUAAGGAAAUGCUCGAUGAAGAUGAAUCUUACUAUCAGAAUGCAUGCUCAGUGAUCAACAAUUACAACUUGGACCAACGGGAAAUUAAACAACUAAUUAACUAUCCCAUAGUAGACGAACUUAUCUAUGGUCACGAGUAUGGAUAUAAGGUAAAGAAGUUACGACAACAAAGGCAAUUGCCGACGAAUACUACUAAUAAUAAUCUUCUAAAUUCUAAUGAAAGCUACCGUUAUGGCAGCAUUGUAUGAUACUACUAAUAUAUAUAUAUAUAAUCCUAUUUACAAGUUUAUGUACAUUAAUCCUCAAUCUUGAACAGAUAGAGU